AUGGGUCGCUACAAAAGAGUCAUAGGAAGCAGGAAUUACAGCAAUUAUACCACAGCACAACUAGAAGAGGCACUUCGACUGAUUAUAUCGGGAGUAAUAUCACAAAGACAAUGUUCUACGAGAUUCAAAAUACCUCGAGCGACAUUGAAGAAUAAGCUGAAGGGAGUGCACAAUAGACCUGAAGGUGGCCAGGCCGUGUUGUCAGUGGAGGAAGAAAAAAAAAUCUAA